CAGAGGUCAACUCAACAUAACAGAAUGGAAUCGAUUAGCACACUUCAACAAUCCCUUUGGCUUCAUGGAGUACAAUUACAAUGAGGUGAAAAAAGCAGUGGACUUGAUACCAAAGCCCAAGUCUUCAAUAUUACUGCCUGUGCCUGAAGGCUCAAAAGAUGGCUGUAUCCGCUGUGCUGUUGUGGGCACUGGUGGUAUCCUCAAUAACUCAAAGAUGGGCAAAGAAAUAGAUUCCCAUGAUUAUGUUUUUCGAGUAAAUGGGGCUGUUACUCAAGGUUACGAGGAGGAUGUUGGAAAUAGAACAUCAGUUUAUGUGCAUACAGCUUUUUCCUUAUAUGCCUCCAUGCUGAGAUUAAAAAAUAAAGGCUUUCACAGUGUUCCACAAGAUGAGGGUAUCAAAUAUGUUAUGAUUCCUGAGGGCCUGAGGGACUUUGAGUGGCUCCAAGGCCUUUUGCAGGGAAAAGUUGCCAACGGUACAUUCAAAGGUGUGAGGCCCCUGAAUUAUUACAAUGGGAAUUUUAAUGAGAGUAGAUUCUACGUCCUUCACCCUGAUUUUCUUCGAUACAUUCGCAACAGGUAACAUUUUAUGUUUGCUGUGACCAGUUUCGGCAAUAACUGGGCAGUAUACAGACCGACCAAUGGAGCGUUUGCUUUGUUCUUGGCUAUUCACACAUGUGAUAUUGUGGAUGCCUAUGGAUUUAUUACAGAAGACCACCAUAAGUACUCCAACUAUUAUUAUGAUAAGUUAAAAAAAACCAGUGUCAUUUUCUAUAUUAACCAUGACUAUAACCUGGAGAUAAAGACCUGGGAGAAACUGCAUGAUUUGGGAAUCAUUAGACUCUUCCAAAGACACUAACACAUCAAAACAAAAGGUAGACUCUCUUCUGUCAACAGGUGUUAUUUUAAAAGAUAUUUCCAAGUUAUGAUUCUUUGUCUUGGUGGUUGGUUUUUCAUGGGCAAAGUGGACAAAGGAAAGCUAUGGACUAAAGGAAACUUCUGUGAAAUGCUGCAAGUGAAAACAUGUUUUUGGUUUCCCUUUUUUUUAUAUUGAAAGCUGAUCUUUAUAUAUUUAAUAUAUAUAUUGUUUUUGUAUAAUUAAUCAUUACUCUUUUUAUGACUUUAUUAGUUUUUCUUUUAAAUGCAGAAUAGAUUAAUAUUUUCCUAUAGACAUACACAAACAUCAGACCAACUUUAAAGAAGUAUGCUAUUUAUUGAUACUUAGAUUUUUUUAUCAAGAGAAGAAUAAAAAGAGGUUACACUUUAUUUAUGGUGUCUGUGUUACAGUAAUUAUGAACACUGUAAAAUAAAGACAAAUGCGAGUUUA